AACCUCGUCCAUGGGAUCGUCGAAACUGGUCGAAAUUCUUCGUACACUACCGCCAGAGAAGACUCUCUGGUACUACGUAGCACGUUCAUUCAACGUUACCGAUAAAAUGAUGAAUUAAAAAAGAAACGUAACCUAAAAUGUAAACGCAUGUAAUACGAAAUAUAUUAAAAACAGUAAUCUUUUAAUUAUACAGUAACUUGAAUCAUCAUUUCUAAAGUAGUGAGUUUCUAGUGAAAAUGCUGUUAAGAUACAUAAACCCCGUGUUUACUUGUGGAAAACUUUUACAGAAACGUGGAAAUCUGUUUCAAAGCAAUCUUCCGAUACUAGUUGCUGCUAUUAAUCCAAAUAAUGCUACACAAGUAGCAUACAUAAAUAAACAUUGGAAUCCAAAAUGGAAGAAGGAAAGACAAAGGAAAGUUAUUAAAGUAAAACUUCCCUCAUGGGACGACGACGACGAUCCUACUAAAUUGGACAAUGAAAAAAUACGAUCACGUAUGAAAGAGCAUGGUUUCCUUCCUCAAAAACCUUGGCAGGAAAGACCGGCAUAUAUCAGUUGUACUUCGGGAAUUUUUGAGUCCUAUGUUGCUCCAGAAGGUGAUGGAAAAUAUUCUGCCAUUACUAAAGAGGGAGCAAAGCAAAAGUUUACAUUCUUGGAAAAAAAGAGCAAGUCUUUAAUGGCUAUCAGAAAAAUUAAACAAUUUGAUGACGCUUUCAAGACAUCAUAUUUUCUAGAAGAGGCCUUAGAUAUCUAUCAAAAGGCACAUGAAGCUAUAACCACAAAAAAAGAAGAUGAGAUAAUAAAAUAUGUUACAGAAUCUGCAUAUCCUAAAAUAACACAUAACAUGAUGAACAAAACUAUACACUGGAAGUUCUUAGAGUCUUUGGAACCAGCCCGCAUCGUACAUGCAAGAACUACAAAUAUAUUAACAAAAGAAAACGUUUUUGCACAACUUACUGUCCGAUUCCAUACACAACAGGUUUUAGCAAUUUAUGAUAGAUUUGGGCGUCUUAUGCAAGGAAGUGAAAUUCUAAGGAAAGACGUAUUAGAAUACAUAGUAUUUGAAAAGCAUUUAGCUAAUGAGUACGGCGUGUGGCGAAUUCACGAUAAAAUUAUACCAUCUUGGAUGGCUCCCACAGACGUAGCGGAAGGCACGUAUAUUUUGCCGAAAGAGGAUCAUGAUCCCGUACCAACCGAGCCGCAGCCUGUAGAAGCUACAUUAACAGAAGAUACGCCAAAGGAUGCAACAAGCACGCAACCUUCAUGAAUGUAUUAUGUGUAAAAACUGUUUCAAAUCAUGUUUAUUUUAUAUGAUACUAAGAUAUAAAAUAUAUUGCAAUUUAUGCAAUAAUCCAAAA